AUGGAACGAUCCACGCAGGAGCUGUUUCUGAACUUCAUGAUCGUGUUGAUCACGGUCCUGCUCAUGUGGUUACUGGUCAAACAGUAUCAGGACGCAUGAGGAGCCCAGCGCUCAUUCCUCCUCCUCCUCAUCAUCUUCAUCAUCGUCCUCGGCUGCAAAGAUGAGCUCCAGCACAGGACGGAGACAUUUCUGCAGACGGAUGGAAGAUCUGGAUCAGGAUGGAUCGUCUAGUGAUGUCUUCAAAAGCAGCACAGUUUGUCCGUAUGGAUUUUUGUCAUGUGUUAAAUAUUAAAUGCUUUGAUACUCUGAAUGUCUAAUGUAAUAAAUUUGGAAAAACACUCAAAUUAACUGCCAGCAAUGUGUUUUAUUUGUUUGAAUAAAGAACUCUUUGGCAAUGCAA